AUUCAUUCGUGAAGAGUACGCGCGCGGCUGUGGCCGCGUCAACGAUAUCAGCGACUCUACGCGAACGAAGUGAUAGAUAGAUACAAACUUUCCACCGAUUCAGAAUAAGUUAAAUUAGAAGGAAGAAAAAGAGAAGAGUAGGUACAUUUCGUGGUCGAAGGCCACAUGCGGCCAUGAGUACCACACCCUCACCGAAGAGCUCGCUGGCUAAACUAGUUCUAUAUCCCAAAGUUAAACCUUUCAAAGUCAUGGUCCUCGGACAAUCUGGCGUGGGGAAAUCUGCUCUUGUGGUGAGAUUCAUUACGAGGCGGUUCAUCGGCGAAUACGACCCCAACCUCGAGAAGAUAUACGCUUUCCAAACAGUCAUAGACAACGAAAUGGUUUAUUUUGAAAUAUUGGAUUCAGCGGGAGACCCUCGGGAAAGCGAAUACGCAAAUUUAGAGAGUAAUAUCCGCUGGGCGGAGGCGUUUAUCCUGAUGUAUUCAGUAACGGACAAGUGCUCGUUCGACGAGUGCCAUCGACUCAAGUUCCUCAUAAACUACAACAAGCGAAGACGACGACUUGCAUCCACUAUGAAGGACAGCGUGUUGGAGACGCCAGUGGUGCUGGUGGGCAACAAAGUGGACCAGGCGGGGGACCGCAUGGUCAGCACGGAGGAGGGCCAGCAUCGCAGCAAAGAGAUCGGCUGCGUGUGCUUCCAUGAGAUCUCUGUUAGAGAGAGCAUCGACCAGGUGUGGGGCGUGUUCCGGGACGCGCGUCGGUUCUGGCGCGUGAGCAGCAAGUGGGCGCGCGGCCGGCGCGACCCUGAUGUGCACCCGGCAGCCCUGGGACGACCGCUGGCCCGCGCCGCCUCCGACUCCUCGUCAGAGCCAGACCCAACACCCACCUCCCCUUACUGUCGUCGCUGGACAGAGGUAGAAUUAGAGGAGGAGAGCGAGACAAGUGGCGUGGUGCGAAGUGACUCGACUUCCUCAUCAGGCAAGUCGGAGUGCCCCGAGGAGUUCCGCGCCCGAGCCAGCACGGACUCCCGGCUCCCCCCGCGCCCCGCCCGCGCCCGCCACCCUCUUCCCGCCAGACCAGCACCCCUGCCCGUCAGGAGGAUGAGUGUCGCCAUGAGAGGAAACAACGCCAGUACUUACUGACUGUAUUCCACUAUCCCUUUUCCAGUAGUCGUAACUUGGAGUUCUUCGCGUCGUGAUAAAAUACGUAGCAUAAUUAAAUAGCCCGGAGUAACAUCAGAAGAAAACUUGCAUUCAUUUUUGACAUGGAUGCAAUGACAGCCCUUAGAUGGGCAUAUGAUGGACCGUAUGGCGUGCGAUCAGCCGAUUUCAUAUUGCAAUAUUUGAACCAAUGAAGUUACGGUUAUAUGGAAUAUUAUUAUUGUACAAAUCGCAUCACAAUCGGUAUGCGAGCCCCAUGUUAUGGCUAAGAUAGUAAGUAAACCGACCAAAAACCCUCCGAAUAAACCAUUAUUUAACACUUAUGUAUAGGUAUAGCUAGGUAUAAUAAAUUAUGUGACAGUGCCAUAUUAAAUUAUCAUGAAAUCGAUUAGACUAAUAACAAAGGACACGAUGAAUAAAUGAAAUUAUGUUGUCAUAGCCUAGACAAACAUAAUAUUGUAACAGAGUGAACAUUUUUUUAUAGAACAACUUAUGUAAACGUUUGUCAAAUACCUUCGUUUUAUGGCUAAAGUUAUCAUAAUGUAAGUACAAUACAUAUUAUAUUAGAUAUAUUAUGUGUCUUUUGUAUAUCUAGGUAGAUAUUGUUUUACUUUGCGGAGUUUGUGGUGUUUAAAUUGUCAGUGUACAACAGCAAACAUGUUUAUAUUCCAACUAUACAGAAUUUUAUUAUCAGCUAUACCUGUCACUUCCUUAUUCAGCGAAAAGGAAAGAGACGGAUGAUUGACAGCUCUUAAAUUCAAAAAUGAUGAGUGAAUGAAUUUAUAAAACAGUAAACAAUAGAGGUACCAUGCAAACAGUUUGACGUGUGCUGUCAACUAAUUCAGUCGGGUUAUUGACCAUUUAAAUUUUUUGGAGGGUUGUUUUAGAUUUGUGCCUAAUUUUUAUGCCUGUCAAUCGACCCGCCCGUUUCCUUUUCGGCGGAUAAGAAAAUGGCAGGUAGAACUUAAAAUAAAUGUACGUGGUGUUUACAGGAAUUAGCUCAAGGAAAUUGAAUAAGCUUCAAAGCAGGCACAUUAUAGUUAUAGCUGUGAUGAUGUUUUACGUAAAUAGACGGAUUACAGCCUGGAGAGUAUAAAAAGUUAAAUAAAUACGAAAAUAAUAUGUCCCAACUUACCAUAACUAAAAGAAAAAGAAAUGAACUACUGUACUACUAUCCUACAUAUAUAAAAUUUAAGACGUACGAACAAAGAGAUCCGUAUUGUUCUAUGAACAAAACCGUCCCCAAGUGUUACAAAAAUUACUUAAGAAAUGUUAGCACUUAUAUUCGUAUAACCUAUACCUAUUUGCUCAUUAGAAUUAAAUUCCUUCACACUGUUACUUGCAUUAAUGUUAGCUUACCGAUGUAUUAUUUAGCUUCCUGUGUACUUUUCAGUAUUAUUAAGAAAUACGAUAAUUAUAGGUAGGUAGAUAGGUACCGCUUCUAGCCACAAACUUAGUUUUAAUAUAGUUUGACAGCUCUGCAAGUACAAAACAGAAAUAAUGCUAGUUUUAGAACUGCCAAAUUAAGUUAAAAAUAAUUUGCUGUCCGCAAGAAUCGACACCAUUAUUUACUUAAUAGGUACAAAUCUAGUCAAACUAAAUGAUCAUUAUAGGCCUUCUGCGUCUGUUUCAGGCGAUUCAUGUUGCCUAUGUAAGUACAUAAUAGUAGGUAAGUAUCAAUAUGAAAGCCUAAAACGGGGUAUUCAAGAAGUUUCAAGUAUUUAUAUGUAUGUACAUGUCCAUACAGUACCAAAUAGCUUUAAAUGUUAAGCCACGUUAGGACUGGAAGUAGACCUUUGGAUUACCCAGAUGUCGAUUUAUGUUAAGCUUAAUGCACACAGAGAUGUAUUGACUGCAUUCCGGACUGUUUUUAUUUAAUAAGUAUGUGUUUACAAGCGAGAGAGAUAGUGUUACGUCAUAUGUGCAUUGGGCUUUAUACCUACGUCGUAUUAGACUCCAGAAAAGCUGGCUGUGAUUAGGAUGCAACUGCCAGUAGUGAGAAUGGUAAAACGCUAGCACAUUUCAAAUAAGAAACUUAUAAAAUAAUAAUUGAACCAACUAUCCUAAGGAUAAUUUAUUCCGUAUUGUUUUCACACCCGGACUUUAGACUCUCCAAAUCCUUUAAGACUUUAUUUAACAUUUUAUAAGUCUUACCAAACAACCAACUAAGUACAUAUGUCUGACCACCGGUCUCUGUCGUCCAGUGGUUGAGCGUGGGUUAACAAUCCGGAGGUCCCGAAUUCCAAUUCCGGUGGGGACAUAUCACUUUGUAAUCCCCAGCUUGGUUACAAUAUUGCAAGCUGGUCACCCGAUUGUCCGAAAGUAAGAUGACGUGUCCAUAAGUCACGUUAAUCAGUCGGUCUCGGCUAUUAUUUACUUAAGUAAGUAUGUAGUCAUUACAUAAGCCAGGUCAUGUCAAAGACCCCAGACAACCGACACGAUACAAAAAGUACAAGUGUUACCUACAUUAUUCUCGUUAAUUAGUAUUUACUUAACAUAAAAGUGUAAGAGAUAAGCUGAGAAGGUAUUUAGCUUAGAGAUAUAAAACAGACGACGCUAGUUUAGUACUUAGAUAAUAACUAUGACUUUCCUGUGAAAAGGAUAUUAAGGUUUUAAGUAAAAUUCAUUAUUUAU